UCCGCGACACCCGCAGCUGUGAUUAGGAAAACCUGUGGAGCCGAGGCCGGACGGGGGCAUUUGAGCUUGAAGGUGAGGGAGAGUGUUGGUGUUAACAGACUGGACUUCAUGGAGUAGGCCGCAGGCGUAUUUGGUGGUUAUGUUGCACCAAAAGAACGGCAAGGCCUACGUUUUUGCGCAGUUCCCCUCAAAGCGGACCUUCCUCCGGAGAGCUUCCCUCCCAUCCCUCUUUGGUUCGUGCGUAAACUUGAGACGGAUGAGCAGCCCCAGCAGUCGCCACUAACUUUUUUUUUUUUCUUCUCUUGGACUUUUAAAUCUCGGACCCCCCCGCUUGUCAGGCCUCACGGCACUCACACCGUUUGGAAGAUGUCCGACAGAUCGCAGAGUCCGGAGUGCCAGAGCCGGCCGUAUGACUUCAGCCGGACCAACCUUUGCACCCAGAGUUUGGGCCACGACAGUCUGGGCAGCGCCGCGUCAUUCCAGCUUCCUCACGGCGUCCUGCCAGACCCGAGCCUCUUCUACAACAAAACCGCGUACAGUGGCAUCACGCCGGCAUCCGCGCAGACCUUCUUCCCUUUCCCAUCGGUCGCCUGUGACUACAGGGGCUCCGACGCGCAGGCUGGAGAGUUUGGGCAACCCAAGCACUGGUAUCCCUUCGCUGCGCCCGAGUACACCGGCCAGGUACCCGGCGUAACAGCAGCGACCCAGCCCAUCAACCUGAGCCCCCCUAUAGCCGAGACCCGGGAGCAAAUCAAGCUACCCGAAAUAAAGACUGAGAAGGACACUGGCGAUGACUACUCAACGGAGAUCAAGAUUCAGCAGUACCCGACUCCCCCGACCUCCGCCGCCAUGCCCCACGGAGUCUUCUACCCCACGGCCUGGAACCCGUCCUUCUGGCCCGGGAUCACCCACAUCACCCCACCCGGCAGCAGCAACCAAAAUCCCUCAACAUCAUCCGCGUCCUCGCCCUCCAUGUCCCCAUCGCCCCCAAGCAACGGCCUUCCGGGGAACGCGUUUUUCAGCGUGAACCCGAGCCAGGCUGCCCCCGGGCCGCAGACGCAGAACCCGGCCUCCUCCACGCGGAGCAGCGGGUCGUCCAGCGGCGGGUGCAGCGACUCCGAGGAGGAGAACCUUUCCACAGAGGAACUGGAGCAGUUCGCCAAGGAACUAAAACACAAGCGCAUAACCUUGGGUUUCACUCAAGCUGAUGUUGGCCUUGCCCUGGGUAACCUUUAUGGUAAAAUGUUCAGCCAGACAACCAUCUGCCGCUUCGAGGCUCUGCAGCUGAGCUUCAAGAACAUGUGCAAGCUGAAGCCCCUUCUCCAGAGAUGGCUGAACGAGGCAGAGACGUCGGAAAAUCCCCAGGACAUGUACAAGAUUGAGCGGGUAUUUGUCGACACCAGAAAAAGAAAGAGGAGGACCAGUCUGGAGGGAGCCGUGCGCUCGGCUCUGGAGUCUUACUUUAUCAAGUGCCCCAAGCCCAACACCCAGGAGAUCACGCACAUCUCAGAUGACCUGGGUCUGGAGAGAGAUGUCGUGCGCGUUUGGUUCUGCAACCGGAGACAGAAAGGAAAGCGCCUGGCCCUCCCUCUAGACGAGGAGUGCGAUGGCCAGUACUACGAGCAGAGCCCAUCCCCGCUGAACAUGGCCCCCUCUCCCAUUCCCAGUCAGGGCUUCCCUGCUUCCGGGUAUCCCAGCGCCCCUCCUCCUACACUCUACAUGCCCCAGCUGCAUCGGCCCGACGUCCUGAAACAGUCCCUGCACCCCGGACUGAUUAGUCACCUGACUGGAUAAACAUGCUCAAUUUACUCUCGGACAGAACCACAGAUUGCCUCUCGGUCCAACCCCAGCUCAGGCUGAAGACGAGCCUCUGCGUCCAGGAACCAGAUCGACCGAUCACAGCAGUGCAAGGUUGGAAGUGUUGGAGCUGUUCUGGUUGCGACAGGGGGGAAAUGGGUCAAAGUGGUUUCUUGUUCCUGUUUAGAUGGUGAAAUGUAAUGAACUCCCAAGAGGGUUACAUCCUCUUGCAACUUUUGACCUAAACAAAGAGGAACAUGUAAACUGAAUGUUGCUGAAUGUGCCUUUUGUGUUCUUGGAUAGUGCAUAGUAAGUUAUUCCAUAGGCUUUAAUAAUUGCAGAGGUAGAACAAUGUGCUGCUACAGUGUAAAUAGUCCGUUUGUGAAUGUGAGCAGGGUAUUCCUUCCACUUACACUCAAUCUUGGGGAGGUUUUCUGUGGCGCAGACGAGAAAAGAUCUAGUCCAUCAAGAGGGAUCUCAGUGAGUUUCUUUUAAACAGAAUUCAUCGUCGUCAGUUUUGUCAAUGUUUGUGCAAUACUUCUGUAUCCCAUCUGGACAGAGCAGCUCAUCAUUAAGUCCAGGUGUAUUUUUCAAUUUUGGUAUUGCACAAAGUUGCUUUUGUAAUGUUGAAUUUUUUUUAAAUGUCCCAUUUGUAUACAGGACCCCAGAUUUUUGCCCUGUGGUUGUUUGUCAUUGACGUGUUUUUAGCAAAUAUUCUUAUGUUCAGUGGGAGAUGGUGAGAUUCAAAGUAUUUUGAGGGAGUGUGACGAUUGAUUUGUUACUCUUAGCUGCUAAUUCUGCCAAUUGCACGAUGUCAGUGUUUUUCUUGGUGUCUCAUGUGAAUGAUGGGGAGUUGUGCUUGACCUGAUUUGGAUCAAUUAUGCUGUCAAGUUGAGGCUACAACAGCCAAAAACGAUGUCAAUACCUCAUUUUAUUUUUUAUGUAAAGGGUUUUUAGUGUUCAUGAAAUGUUGAAUAACACUUGAUACUAAAAGUUUGGGUGAAGAAUUUCU